AAUAGUGUCAUGGCUGCCAAAGUGACGCGCUGUGAAACCGAGCAAAAUAUCCAAAGUGAGCAAAUCGUGAAAUGAAUUAAAUAUUGUGAAUAGAUUUAUUUACAAUCAAAUUUGUAAAAUGUGAAGCCGAUCGAAUAAAAAACUUAAAAAAAUACAAAAAAAGUGUAAAAAAACGUGUUUAAAAAUUUCAAAUUAAAUCGAAAAUUGUGUAAAAAUGUGUGGUGUAUAAAUAUAGGCAAGUGAAACAUUAAUUUGGUUCCGAAAAAUGAAAAAAAUCACAAGCAUUGACUUGAUUACUUCGAAUACAUGUGUGUUGUGGACAUUUAAGCAUUCCGAAAAUGAUGAAAUCGUGUUUUGAUGUUUGUUAUGAGUUUUUUUUUCUCGACUAUAUUCACGCGUGGUAUAUGUUUAUGCCAUAAUAAAAAAAAACUGAAGAAUAUUUAAUCAAGGCAUUAAAAUGACCAACAUAAUAAAUGCUUCCAGAAAAAAGAACAUACAAGAAAGCAUUUACAAAAAAAGAUGCUUAAAUAAAAUCAGAGUUUAAACAAUAAAAUCACUAGUGAUUAAAAAAAAAACUAAAUAAACAAAAGAAAAUACAAUAAAAGUGAUUGUUUCUGUUUCGAUUGCUGCUGUGAUGUGAAAUCAUCCUACACACCAACCAAAACCAAAAAUGGAACGCUCGCAAAUCAUGCAGAAGUUCGCCAGUGUGGCUGAACAUCCAGAACAAUGCUAUGAUUUUGAUUUGCAACGAAAUUUAACAACAUUUUUUGAGUCUCAACAAAAUGAUGUCAACUUUAGUGAAGCGGCUUUUCUCAUUUUCGACGCUGCCCGAAUUUAUGGCCGAAAAGUUGAUUAUGUCGAACAAAUUUUAUUGGAUUUCAAUCAACGCAGUGCAAUGAAUGUGUCCAAAGCUAUGGCAGAAAACGAGAAUGAAAAAAAUGGUGAGAAUGCUGAAAAAAGUGGUAAAAAAGAUAAAAAAGCGGAAGAACAGCGAGAGAAACGUGAACGAGAAAAGGAGAGAGCAUUAAAACGGGCCAAACGAAUGAUAAAAGUUACAAGUAAAGUGGAAUUCAAGCCAAAACCAUUUGAAAUCGCUUCGUCCGAUCAAAUCUCACUGAAUCUUCAUGAACAACGUAGCGAACUCGAAUGUGAAGAGGAAUUCGAUCAGUUACGAAUGAAAAAUGUUUUCCCGCGCAUAAAUGUGUUGCAAAGUAAUCUGCAGAGUAAUAACACAUUUUACGAUAAUCUUGGCAUUGAAGAGAAUGAUUGUGAGAAUUUGGAUUCAUUGAGAGAUUUUCGUAUAUUUAUGGACACCAUUGAUGAGCCAAUUUUUACGCGACCCAUGAAUGGAAAUGUGGUUGAUCCAAAAUACGAACAAGAAUACAAACGAUCAAUGGAACGCGCCAAUCAAAAGCAUUCCAACAUUUAUCUAUCGGCCGAUUAUAUAAAAGAAAAUUACGGUAUCACAUUGAAAGAUAACAGCGAUUAUUUGAAUAUGCUCAAGUACAACGAAGAGGUUGAACGGCUGAAUCUUCGAAAAUUAACCAUCGAACAGUUGAGCAAAUUAAAAGUGGGCACGUAUUUGAAUAAUAUUUUGCAUGGCAAUAAACAGGAUGGCAAAAUUGCCGAGCAUGAUUCUGGCAUCGAUGUUGAUGAUGACAUGGAUUGUGAACCACCUGUAGGUCCCGAAUUUGAUGGUGAAAAUACCAAUGGAUUUGAUGAAUUAAGCACACUGCGAGACGAUCAAAAUAUACUAAUGACAGAUCUAAGUACAAACGAUACGUCCAAAGAAGAUGACAGUGUACUUGACAUCAGUGCAAUUCCAUGUGACGAUAUUACCAUGACCGAUAUGACAUCACAAUCUUUAAAUACAACAAAUGACAUAACCACAGAACAAUCAAUCAAUUCAACCAACGAACCGGUGUCUGAUCAAUCGCUUAACACAACAAUCGAUCCAGCAAGUGACCAGUCAACAAUCAAUGCAACCGCUGACCAAUCACUCAACACAACAAAUGAUUCAGGACUUGAAAAAAGCGCCGAUGUUGCGAAUCAAAGUGCUGAAACAUUAAAAGAACAUGAAAGAUGCAACAGUUUACGUCAAAGUUUGGACGAUGGAAUUGGUGCAUCGGAAUGCAAUUCACCAUGCAAUUUGGAUUCGUUUGAAGGAUUCAAUUCAACCGAUUUGAAUGGUUGCAGUGAAAUUGAUCAACUAAAUGGCAUUCUGAAUACAGUGAAUGAAACAACCCUAAAUCUUGAUCAAACCCUUGAAAAAUCAAAAGUGCCUGUACUUGAUACAAACAUCUUUAAAUUGCCGGAAAAUUUAUUGCGACGUAAUAAAAUUUUCAUGUUGACCGAUGAGUUUGAGCUGUGGAUGGCGGCCAGAAAACGAAAGUAUGGUGUACUCAAACCGGAACCACCGAGCUGUGGAAAACUCAUUAAGUUGAGCAAUGGCGUUUUAAUACGAUGCGAUCCGGAUAGUGAUACGGAAGAGUUUUUGGGCUUUGACGAACAAAAUAAUUUUCGAACAGCACCCGGCAUCGUUGUUGUCGAAUCAAAUCCAGCUGCUAUUGCAAAUAGAUCGUGUUCGUCUGAUUCGGGCAUUAGCCCAGAAAAGACACCGAAUGCGGGUGACGAUCAAUCCCAAUCAAAUCUAAAUGGCACCGAUGAGGUUAAUGAUUCCGGUGUGGCCGAGUUAAGCAGUUUAAUCGAUGCAAGUCAAAAUGUUUGCACCGAUUCAAUUCAAAAUGAUUCAGCUGAAAAUGCGGUAAAUGAAACAACUGAAAAUGUCGAAUCAACGCUACAAGAGACUGACGUGAGUUUGUCUGAUACAAAUGUAAAUGCAAACUCUACCAAAUUGUUCAACGAAACGGCAUCAAUAGUGACAGGCAUUGAUUCUGGAUUCGCCGAACUAGAAAGUCAACUGGAUUCAACUGCUGGAUUGGACGAUGUAGAUGGCUUAGAAGUUAACGCCAAUCCGGAACAACCAAAAGAUGCAACCGCAAAUGAAGAGCAAUGCAUAGAACAUGAACCAUUAAUUGAUGACGCUGUUGAAUGUGAUGACAAUCACAAUGACGAAUCAAAUGAUGACCAACAAAACGAUAAUGUUCGAUCCGAAGAAGGUUUCAGUGACAUGGUUGAACGAGUCAGCAAAUGGCAUGAAAUGCUUCGGCCCGUGCUUGCCAAUUGUGAAAAACGAAACAAUUUCGAUAUCCAUGCACUCGGUACGGAUAUUAUCGAUAUGUUCCAACCAGAAGAAGAUGAUCAACCCAGAGAAAUCAGCUUUACCGAUGUGAUGAAAGAACGUGAUCAAACAUACACAGCACGUUACUUUUUAUCGCUGUUACUGUUAACAAACACGAAAAAUGUUCAUUUGAAUAUUAUGCAUCCAGAACAAAAUGGCACCGUUGUUUGUUCAAAAGAUGAUAUGCGAAUCAAACUACUAUCACGUACACGACAUCUGGACGAAGUAAACAAAAUUGAUCAACGUUUAAAUGAAGCACCAUCUCGAGCAAAUCCCAGUACAAAUACAGUGAAAAAUAGAACAGAUGAAGAAAACGACAUCCAAAUGCAAAGUACAAGCACACCAAGCGGCGCUAAGAAGAAGACGGCACAAAAACGCAAAUGGAAAGCGAUCUAAAUGAUGAUCUAACACGGAGGGAAGGAAGGAGAAAGGAGGACAACAAAAAAUCGUUAUUAGUAAUAAGACAAAUUGAAAAUGUAGAUUUUAUGAAAACCGGUUUUCCCGGAAAAAAAACGCAUACUGAUUAAGUAAAUGUGAAUAGCGUGCAAUUUGGAUACUUAGCAAAUGAAAAUAUGAAUAUAAAUAUAAGUUAAGAAAAUGUCUGUGAAUAUGUAAAAAAUUGUUUAAAUUUUUGGGUUUUAUUUUUAAAACGCCAAAUAUAUGGAACAUAUUCAAUCUAGUCUCGCUAUUCAAAUUUUUUUUUAAAUAUAUUUUCCAAUAACAAUUCAUUUAAUUUGAACAUUUAUCCCAAAAAUUGAAAUGUGUCACAAAUCAUUGUAGAAAUAAGAUAGGGAAUCAUUUUUUUUUUAAAUAUGUCCAUAAAAAAUCGGUUUUACGAAAUAGGCAAAUUCAAAAACACAAUAGAUCCAACAGUAUCCAGUUAUAGUGCACAAAAUCUCUUCUGUUUGUACAAUUUUUAGCAUUUAAGCAGAAUUCACACGAGGCUUAACAUUUAAUUUAUUUCACAAAUGUAACUGAAUCAACACACUGAAGUAAAUGACAUAAUUUCAUCACA